AUGGCCUCGAAGCCGUCCGCCUCCGCCUCGCCCUCGCACUCCAACCACUCGUCCCAUUCCGCCGACGACUCCUCCUUCAUCGGGAUCAAGACCGGAUGUGGCAACCUGAACAUCCGCACGGAGCGCGGCCGCAACCUGCACUUCAUGCAGAUGGUGCUGCUGCCUCUCCUGCCCAUCGUGGCGCUCAUCGUGCAGAAUUGCGUCACGAUGGAGAGCGUCAUUCGCUACCAGAUGGAGGUCACGAGGGUCAACGACGGGGUCCAUUCCACGGUGUCCCUGGGAGCGCUCGUGGCGGCGGCGCAGAUGGAGAGGCUGUCGGUGGCUUACUGGAUCUUUACCAACGGCUCGAGUCUUAGAUCUAACUUAUCUCGUGUUUAUGCUAACACCGACCGCGUGGUGGAGGAGCUGCCGUCAUGGCCGUCGGUGCCCCCCCAGGAGUCCGAUCUGUUCGAGUCGCAGCAGCACUUCCAGAUCAGGCUGAAGGAUUUCAGUGCAAAAGCAAGAGAGCAAGAGAAAGAAGCAGAAAGCCAGACACUGACCAAAUACCCCCCACCUCCACAUCCGACCCCUCCCUCACCCCGCCCCCCUUUCCUCUUCAGGGACCAGCUGGACGAGAGCGACACGAAGAUCCGGGACAAGAUCGACUUCUACACUUCCAUCACGACGCCGCUCAUCAAGCAGCUGACGGUGUCCACGAGCACAACCAACACCCCAGGACUUUGGCAGCUCCUGGAGGCCUACAAGAGCAUCAUUCAGGCGCUGGAGAACCUCGGCCGCAGCGCCAUCUUCGGUCUCUACUACUACGGGCGCGGACACCUUGACCAGGGGAGUCUCUUCCAGUACGUGCGGUUUUGGACCAUCGCGCACUCGGGCAUAAAGACCACCGGCGGCUUCUCCACUCGCGGCAAGGACUACCUGGUCGUCCUCCGUUCCCGCGAGUAUAUGCAGCAGAUCCUGGCGUGGGACGAGGAGAUCCGGCAGAACGGCUUCAUCAACGGCAGCGUGGAGGUGGCGGACGAGUACCUCCAGGCGAUGGGGAGGUACAUGCAGGACGUGAGGAAGAUGCAGAAGGACCUCCGGCAGGAGAUUCAGUCCACGGUUCGCAGCCAGCUGAAGGACGCGGACAGCGAGGAAGCCAUCAGCAUCGCGGUCCUGGUGCUCGUCCUGUCCAUCUCGCCCGUGAUCAUCCUGCUCGUGAGGAAAGCCACCUACAUGGUGCAGGUCUUCUCCGACACCCUCGCUGAGAAGAUGAACCAGUUGAAGAUCGAGAAGAAGCGAAGCGACCGCCUGCUCUACCAAAUGCUUCCGGUUGUGGUGGCCAAGCAGCUGAAGCAGAACAAGCAGGUUCCCGCAGAGAGCUUUGAGAGCGCCACGGUGUACUUCAGUGAUAUCGUCGGCUUUGAAGAGCUCUGCGCCGACAGCUCUCCUCUGCAGAUCGUCCAGCUCCUCAACAUGCAGUACCGGGUGUUUGACUCAAGGCUCGAACAAUACGAUGUUUAUAAAGUGGAGACGAUCGGAGACGCUUACAUGGUCGUCUCUGGUUUGCCCAAGAGGAUAGGUCACAGGCAUGCGGAGGAAAUCGCGUGCAUGGCCCUCGACUUACGCCAUUCGGUGCAGAGCAUUCCCAUUCCACAUAAACCAGGGCAGUGGCUGCAGAUCAGAGCUGGCGUGAACACCGGCCCUGUCGUGGCGGGCGUCGUCGGAACGAAGAUGCCGCGGUAUUGUUUGUUUGGCGACACUGUCAACACGGCGUCUAGGAUGGAGACCACUUGCGAUCUUUAG